AAUUUAUAUUAAAUAUGGAAUUUGCAACAAUUACAACAACAACAACUACAACAACAGAAUUGGAAAAACAUUCCACAGAUGACAUUAAGACAAAUUGCGUUAAAAGGAAAUUGUGCGAUGGCCAAAGAACUGCUUUGGAUGCACAUCAAUUUCCGGAAAACGAAGAAGCCAAUAUUUUGGGUCAUGGUACACUUCUAGCAACUGCCGUCGACGGAAAUAAGUUUGGCCGUGACUUGGACGAGAAGCUAAACAAAUAUAAGCUAUUGCUGAAUUUUGAAGAUGCUCCUGACCAUUUGAAAUUCAAUCCUUACAUUCGCCAAGGUUACCGCACAUUCCUCUCAACAAAAUUGUGCUUACAGAGCAUGUUUUGGUGGACAAAUGAAACGAUAAACAUCUGGAGCCAUUUGUGUGGCUGUCUAUUGUUUAUUGGAUUGACCAUUUUUGAUUUUCAAUUUCUAAGACUUCAUGCGGAUAUCAGUGAUCAAGUUUUGGUGGUGUGUUUACUAGUCUGUUUCUGUUUAUGUAUGCUAUUAUCGUCCAUAUAUCAUAUAUUCUCAUGUAAAUCGGAAGAACAUUAUGAUUUCUUUUUAUCGGUGGAUUUUCUUGGCAUAUCUUUAUCAUUGGUGGCAAUUUAUAUAAGUGGCAUGUAUUACGCUUUUUGGUGCUUUAAUAAAUUAAGAAUAAUUUACUCUGUGAUUUCCAUGGGUAUGUUUGUGGCAGCAAUGGUGGCACAGAUACCCAAAUUGAAUGUCUCACUGAAUGCAAAGAUUGUGCUUUUAUUAGCUUGGUCAUGUUAUGGUAUAAUACCGAUGACCCAUUGGAGUGUUGUUAUGGGUGGCAUGCAAAAUGAAUUAGUACAAAGUAAAAAUAAUUUUAAUCCAUGUUUUUUCAUGGAUGUUGAUACCAGUCUAAAAUCUAUUUUACAGCCCAAUUUCAAAGUCGUAUCUCUAUAA